UAAGUUUAGGGUUUUGCUCGGAGCUUAUGGGGCGUGUUUCAGUUAUUUCUUCCCGGACACUAGAUGGAUUUCACUAUUGCAGCUUCAUGAAGCCUGAUAAUCCGGCAACUAUAGAAAGUGUUUUGCCAUAAUACUAUCGAAAUGCACCCUUUCAUCCUGAAAUAUGAGCCCUCUCUAUCCGAAGAUCGGGUUUUUUAAGCUGUGGAAAAUUCAUAUCCCCAUGGCGAAGACACGCCGGCUCUCCUGUAAAUUGCCUCUCUUGAAAAAAUAUCAGUAGAGAAUAUCGCGAGUAGAGUCUUGGUGAAAACUCUGUUGACUGAAGCUUUUAGUGUGAAGGAGGUCUAGCAUGAUUUGAAGAGCUCCUUUCUCCCGAGCUUGACCAUUACCUAUUGUAAAAGGGAUGAGAUUUCUGCGAAGGGGGAUUGCAGAGAGUAAAAAGGAAGCGAAAAUUCUACGAGGGGCAGUUUUGUGCACGUCGGCGCGCGCUGCUCUCACCAAGACUAUACGCACCGAUAUAUUGGUCCACGCGAGACACUCGCAGCCUCCACGCUUCGUAUCAUCAACUCACAAGUUUACCGGUCCUCUUCCUCAGCGGACUGUCUUAUAAUCAACUUCGUCGAGAUAUAUAAUCAUAAAAGUAUCCGCUAGUCUUUUACUUUGAGCACAUUGCACACACUUGUUGUUUACCAUUUAUUGACAGUUAUCUUCAGGCUACGGUCAUCUCGUACUCCACAACAUGAAGAACAUUUUGGCACUUCUCGUCGUCUGUCACGUCGUACAACUUGUGCAUCCGUACUAUAUUCCUCUAGAGUCACCACCACAAAUCAUCUGGGAAGUUCCAACGGAGGAAGUGAUCGUUAAACGGCUCCAAGAAUCACCGACUGGCCGAUUUAUGCUCAGGAUGUGGCCCAGCUCUCCCCCUUCGAGACCAUCGACGAAACGAUACUUGCCGUAUCAUCCGGUAGCCCGUUUUCGAGGAGUCAACCCCCCUGAUACCCGCGUCUCCUUCUCAAUGCCACGAGAAAUUUCCUAUCGAAACGAACAUGCUUCGAAGCCUGCCCUGACAGCUGGUGAACUGCUGUCCCUGUUGACGAAGAAGCGUCUUCUCGUGGCCCGCAACCGUUCUCUACGUUUUGGAAUGUCACGAUAGAUCCUCUGAUUCUACGAUGAAUUUUAUCCUAAUGUCUAUACCUCCUCUGUAUAUAUCCGAAAUAAAAAUUAUUUAUUCGAA